AUGGAGGCCCUCAGGGAAGGGUUUGCUUCUCCCAACCUUGUUCCAUGUUCAUUAACAGUCUUGCUGGAUUGAGAUGUGUGUUUCUGCCUUUGACCCAUUCUAAUGGUUGAAUUGAAAAAUCGAAACCUCUUUUUAUGUCAUUUCUGUGCAUUAUUCUUUAGGAUCAUAUCUGGAUUUGGCUCACCAUAACUUUAAAUAACAUGAUUUGAAUGGCUUGCAACUUGUAUACAAAAAUGGGAAGAAAACAAGCAAAAAAAUUAUUUCUAUGGACCCAGAGAGAAACAAUUACGUAAUUAAACAAUUCAAUUAUGCGAAUCAAUGAAUAAUUUUAAACGUGCACAUGCAGUCAUAAAACUCCUUCUGUAAAUAGAAAUAUAUACAGUACAUUCAUUUUUUUAAAGAGUCAAAAUACAAAAUGGAACACCUAGUUAACUGGCCAGUUGACAUAAGGUAACCUGAGACAGUUUGCUGCCUCUUUGUAUGAUUCCAUUUUGGUACAAUAUAUGGACACUCUCAAGCUAGCAGUGCCUUCUCUCAUUUACACCCUCCAAAACAAUCUGCAGUAUGUGGCCAUUUCCAACCUGCCAGCAGCUACCUUUCAGGUCACCUACCAGCUGAAGAUCCUCACCACAGCUGUCUUCUCGGUGCUGAUGCUCCGCAAGAGCCUGUCCCGUCUUCAGUGGCUGUCCCUCCUGCUUCUUUUUGCCGGUGUAGCCAUUGUCCAGGUGGAGCAGCAGCAGGCAGGGGGCAAACCAGCCCACAAAGACCAGGGGAUGCAACAAAGCUACAUGGUGGGACUUGUGGCCGUGGUGGUGUCCUGCCUCUCGUCUGGCUUUGCCGGGGUCUAUUUUGAAAAGAUCCUCAAAGGCAGCACAGCCUCGGUUUGGCUGCGUAACGUCCAACUGGGCAUCUUCGGGACCUUGCUGGGGCUGUUGGGGCUGUGGUCCACCGAGGGGGCAGCCGUAGCUCAGCAUGGAUUCUUCUUUGGCUACACCCCACUGGUGUGGGGAGUGAUCCUGAAUCAGGCUUUUGGUGGCCUCUUGGUGGCACUGGUUGUGAAAUACGCCGACAACAUCCUCAAAGGCUUUGCCACCUCCUUCUCCAUUGUGGUGUCCACUGUGGCUUCUAUCUACCUCUUUGACUUCCACCUCAAUCUACUCUUUGCUCUAGGAGCAGGCCUGGUCAUAGGGGCUGUCUAUCUGUACAGCUUGCCCAAGGGACCAUUGUCCAGUCGAUCCCUGGUGGGUGCAGCUAUCCAGCAGCAGGGCCAUGGAGCACAAAGCAAGGAACUUCCUUCCGUGACUACAGAUGGCUUCCUGUCCAAGUCAGUACUGAUCAGUUGAGAAGAACAGAACACCUCCUCCUGCAUUACCUGUCACUGGUUUCUUGUGGAGGUUCACAAAAACCUGGACCCCUUUUUGCAAUGUCCCAUCUUCUUCACUUCUGACCUCUCUUUCCCUAGGUCUCCUCUGCUCUUUCAUCUCCUCCUCCUCUUUGCCUUGGUCUUUAUGUUCUUAACUGUGUGCCGAACCACUCGUAUUGUCUACCUUUUUUUCUCAUCUGCUUCCCAUUUUAUAAAACCCAUAAAUGGUUAUUUUAUCCAAUUGCGUAUUUAUGUAUAAUUCUCCACACCCUUCAGCUGGUAUCUGCCAUUGU